AUGGCGUCUAUUGUCUAUUUCCUAGAUGCCAAAGGGAAAUCCCUUCUCUCCAGAGACUACAAAGGCGACAUUCCUUACAGCGCGGUCGAUAAAUUCCCGCUCUUACACCUUGAAGCCGAAGAAGAGAAUUCUGCUGCUCCUCCAGUAUUCAAUUACAAAGGCAUCAACUACCUUUAUAUCGUCCACAAUGAUCUCUACAUCCUUGCCCUCACCAGAAACAACGACAAUGCCCUUGAGAUCAUGUUGUUUCUCAAUAAACUCAUCGAGGUGCUCACGCAAUACUUCAAAAACCUUGAAGAAGAAUCGAUCCGUGAUAACUUUGUGAUCAUUUAUGAAUUGCUCGAUGAGAUGAUGGACUACGGGUUCCCACAGACCACUGACACCAAGAUCCUCAAAGAAUACAUCACCCAGAAAUCGCAUGCCCUCAUAAAGUUCAACCAACAGCAGCAAAGACCGCCUAACGCCGUGACCAACGCCGUGAGUUGGAGAACCGAUGGGAUUUUCUACAAGAAGAACGAGGUGUUUUUGGACGUGAUAGAGAGCAUAAACAUGCUUGUGAAUCCUAAUGGUCAAGUCCUUCGAUCGGAAAUCCUUGGGAAAAUCAAGAUUAAGUCGCAAUUGUCAGGAAUGCCGGAUUUACGAUUGGGGCUUAAUGAUAAAGGGAUAUUUGGCGGGGAUAGAAGCAAUGGUAAUGGCGGUGGUGAAGACCGGACCACCAAAGGAUUGGAAAUGGAAGACGUGAAGUUCCAUCAGUGUGUCCGGUUGUCGAAGUUUGAAAAUGAGAAGAUUAUUACUUUUAUUCCACCGGACGGUGAGUUUGAAUUGAUGAGUUAUCGAUUAUCCACCCCGAUUAAACCGCUCAUAUGGGUGGAUUGCCGAGUGAAACUUCAUUCGAACUCGCGUAUCGAGAUUAAGGCAAAAGUAAGGGCCCAAAUUAAAAAACGAUCGACGGCCAACGACGUCGAGAUCUCGAUCCCAGUACCGGAGGACGCUGAUUCUCCGAAAUUCCAAACCUCUAGCGGAUCAAUAAAGUACACUCCUGAGAACUCUUGUAUCGUGUGGAAAUUAAAACAGUUCCAAGGGGGUAAAGAAGCAGCGAUGAUUGCGGAAUUGGGGUUGCCUUCGGUGACCAACGAAGACCCGACAUUCAAAUCAAAGAGACCUAUCAGUGUCAAGUUCCAAGUGCCAUAUUUCAUUACUUCUGGGUUGCAAGUGCGGUAUUUGAAGAUCAAUGAGCCAAAGAUGCAAUAUCAAAGUUAUCCAUGGGUUAGAUAUAUCACCCAAAGUGGCAAUGAUUACACCAUUAGGCUUUAG